AUGAGCGACGCAGGCGAUAAACGUCUACCUCCCGAGCUCGUCACAUCUAUCGUGCGGGAAGUACCUCCGGACGACCAGCAAACGCUUGGGUCGCUCUACGCCGUGCAUCGUUUGCGACCAGACGUCGUGCCCAUUUAUCUGCAUACGAUCGAACUAGCCUGCUCGCUGUCUACGCCGUGGAUAGACGAGCGCCGGGCGGGACUUCCGUACAAGAGCUACCUGGAGUUGAUCAGCGACGAAGGGGUGGUGGACAUUGCCGACGUACUCUUGCGCGAGCCCAAGCUGCGGAGACACGUCAGGAAACUGUUCCUCGGAUGGCCGAACGAUAUCGCGAACGACGGGCAGGUGCCCAACGGGGGCGAACCAUUGAGUGACAAGGGCCCGCAAGCCGGUUUACAAGAGCUGCUGGGCUUGUUGACGCGCUUGCGAGCCGUUGACUUCGUCGCCGAGGGCCCACGGAAAGACACCGCGCUGUCGUCGCUGGCUCCCGGACUCGUGCAGUUGGUGGCUACUCAAUGGCAGGAGCUACGCUCCGUGGGGCUCACUGGGUGGAAGGUGUCCGCGGACGAGUGCAGGGCAAUGCUGAGGGCAGUAGGGGAGGCUAUGAAGCUGGAGGAGUUGUGCCUAACGGAGUGCAUCUGCGAUGGCGCGGUCCUCAUUUGCCCGGACGAUCUGGGCGCCAGCGAGCGACCGUAUGCGCUGAUAAUGACUUACUGCGACUACGCGUCGCGGCUGGCAGAGCUCGUAUGCGAGGCGCUGGGCCGGCCGAAGCGAAUAGCAUACCACCCGCCAGUGAGACGCGUGAUUGGAGCGCCAAGAUGGGCUUUCGAAGUGGGGAAUAUAUCGGAGCUGGUGGAGGAGCUUGACGUGGAGGUUAAUGUGGAUCGCGUUGGAGAAUGGGGCCUGGCGCCGCCGGACAUAGAUAUCGUGCUCGACACAAAGCUGCGGAGGUUCCGCAUCAAUAUCCUGCACACUGUGCCGGUCGGCGGGGUCGAAACGCACCUGUGGAAGUGGCUCUCCGCCCUCGCUAGCUAUCUCUGCGCCCCCAGCGGAUGCGCAGCUGCGAUUACAGUGAGCGCGCGGGGUGUCUUCCCGGCCAUGGCGACAUGGUCCGCCUUCGCCUCACGUCGAGAAGGGGUCGUUCUCUGCUGGGAAGAUCACGUAGCUGUCGGGGGGCACCCAACCGACACUGCGACGGCAAGAGUCAGCAAGUGGACCACCGACCCCACAUGGCGUAUACGCACCUUCGAGUUGUUGGGGUACGAUACGGCGUCGGAUAGGAUUGCCACGGAGGGGCGAGUGCGCGCCCUCCGCCAUCGCUUGCGGGGUCUCAGCGCAAGUCACUUGGACCUGCCGGCCUUGAUCUGCCCUGAUGGUGGCCGCGCGGACCAUCUGGAGUUUCUGGGCGCAUACGCCGCUGACGAUGACAGCGAUGCGAACUCGACCCAUUCUGGCCAGGAUGGAGCGAGGUCGCCGGUACGAACGGGUGAAUCCGACGAUUGCGCGCAGGCCUGGGAAGAAAAACAUGUCCACCAGUUACCUUCGAAGGUACGGCAGCUAGUGGUGUCGCUCGAUUGCUGGCGGACCAUCUCGACUCGAGCUUGGACGUCGCUUGUGUUGCUCGCCUUGCAAAUGGACGUGCCGGAUGAACGGUGUCUGCCACUGCCGCCGCUACCUCAGCUGCAAUUGUUGUCACUCCAUUUGCCGGUAAAGCCGAGGAGAUCGCUGGGAACGUACGCAUGCCGUGUGUACCCGCACCUGAAAGGUCUGGCCAUCGGAAGGGAUGACCCUGCGCUGUCGACCUUGCAUGUUAUAUGCGGGACGGCGGGCGGGCGAAUGCGCUCCUUGGCGAAGAAGUUCGACGACCGCUGGGUGUACGCAGAUUGGGCGGGCCUCCAGAUGACUAAUCUCCGCGUCGUUUUGUGGCGAGGAAUAAUGCUGGUGAGGAAGCCGAAUGUCGGGUGGGGGUGCGACAAGGCCUUCGAGGUCAAGAAUCGUCGCCUGAGAGACUGGCAGGAAGGAGGCGAGCGGGUGGCCGAGUACUCGUCAUACGGUAUCGCAGAUGUGUGUGAGGUACUGGGCCUGUAG